AUGCAUGUCUUCACCUACCUUCUGGGUACUGCCCUUGCUAUGGCCUUGGCCGUCUCCUCUACGGGCAUUAUCAUUCCUCUAUAUGUCUGGCCUACAGACGACAGCACCUGGAGCCCUGUUUAUGAGGCCGUCUUAGCGCACCCAAAUAUUGGCUUCCAAGUCAUCAUAAACCCUGAUAGUGGUCCAGGGAAUACAACUUACCCCGAUGGCAACCUCAUCACUGGAGUCUCAAAGUUGAACAGCUAUAAUAACGUCCAAGUCAUCGGCUACAUAGCGACCAACUAUGCGGAACGCGAACAAGCGAAGGUUGAGAGCCAGAUUGCUAUCUACAGCGGAUGGUCUUCUUACACAGCGAAGAACAUUUCAGUCUGCGGGAUCUUCUUCGAUGAAGCUCCACGCACGAACGACAACACCAAAAUAUCCUAUAUGCAAAGCAUAUCAGCCACAGCCAAAGGUAGAAAUCUGAAUACGAUUGUAUUCAACCCCGGUACCACCCUAGAAACAGGGUCCGCAAGUGAAUAUUUCAAAGCGGCAGAUCUAAUUAUCGAGUUUGAGAAGCCGUACUCUGAAUGGACGUCCGCUAUCCCAGCGAAUGAACUUUCUUCCAGUGAGAGCUACAAAAAAGAUGCUAUCAUUCUCCAUAGUGCACCUCCGACUGCGGAUUACAAGGCCGUUGUGCAAGAGGCGCAGAGCAUGGGAUUGGGUGCUCUGUACUUAACAGGUAGUGAUAACUACAUGUCUAUCGAUACUGUGCCGCAGCUUGCCGCCUCUUUUGUCCAAUAA